GCUGGAGGGGCCGUCGGCGGCGAAGUUGCUAGCUGGGGGCAGAGAAGGCCACGCGGUUGCAGGAGUAAGAGAUCCCCCAGUGGCGAAUUGGCCAACGGCUCCUUUCAACCCUGCCUCGUUGGUGGCCACUGGAGAAGCGCGGGGGGCUCCCCAGACAGCCGUGGGGACAAGUUAGAACCAGCACUUUACCCCGGGCCUCGCGUGUAGCUUCCCCUCCCCUGCUCUAGGUGCCCGGGUGUCUGGAGGGGGGUGUGGGGGUGUGCCCUCCUUACAUGGUCCACCACCCGGGCAACCUUCUGGGCUCGUGUUCCAUCUUGCUCUUGCUUCCGGCACUGUGGUCAAGGGGAACCACUUUGCAUCAUGUCCCGGUAUAGCUACCAAAGUCUCCUGGACUGGCUCUAUGGGGGCGUGGACCCCAGUUUUGCAGGCAAUGGGGGCCCCGACUGUGCUGCCUUCCUCUCUUGGCAGCAGCGGCUGCUGGAAAGUGUGGUGGUCCUGACCCUGGCCCUGUUGGAGAUCCUGGUGGCCCUGCGGCACAUCCUGAGGCAGACGAAGGAGGACGGUAGGGGUGGCCGUGGCAGCCAGCCAGAGCAGGUGACCCAGCGGCCAGAGGAAGGCAAGGAGAGCCUGAGCAAGAAUCUGCUCUUAGUAGCCCUGUGCCUGACCUUCGGGGUGGAGGUGGGCUUUAAGUUCGCCACCAGGACCGUCAUCUACCUGCUCAACCCUUGUCACCUGGUCACCAUGAUGCAUAUCUUUCUCCUGGCCUGCCCUCCAUGUCGGGGAGCUACCGUCGUCUUCAAGCUACAGAUGCACAUGUUGAAUGGGGCUCUUCUGGCAUUGCUGUUUCCUGUGGUAAAUACUCGGCUGCUCCCCUUUGAAUUGGAGAUUUACUACAUCCAGCAUGUUAUGCUCUACGUGGUGCCCAUCUACCUGCUUUGGAAAGGAGGUGCUUAUACCCCGGAGCCCCUCAGCAGUUUCCGGUGGGCUCUUCUCUCAACUGGCCUCAUGUUCUUUUAUCACUUCACCGUCUUGCAGAUCCUCGGCCUGGUCACCGAAGUGAAUUUGAACAACAUGCUGUGUCCGGCCAUCUCAGACCCAUUCUACGGCCCCUGGUAUCGCAUCUGGGCCUCGGGACACCAGACUCUCAUGACCAUGACCCACGGGAAGCUGGUCAUCCUGUUCUCAUACAUGGCUGGGCCCUUGUGUAAAUAUCUGCUGGAUUUGCUCCGGCUUCCAGCCAAGAAAAUAGACUGAAGGUGCUUGUUUUUUGUUUUUUGUUUUUUUUUUUCCCUCCCCGAGGAAGCAAGUCCCGACUUGACUUGGAGAACACCCAGUUCUUGAUGAAAUCAUGGGAGAGGGCAGUAGGAUGUUUGGUGUAUUUCUUUUUCCUCUUCUCUGUCCCUUUCUUCCACCACUCUUCCUUCCCCAGCUCUUCCCCUCAGGAUGUCUCCUCAACCCGGGGUGUAGUGCUGGGGGCUGGAUUUUCCCUCCUUCCCUUUGGCUCUUUCUCUCUGCUCCUAGUGGCCUUACAUGGGGAGAUUGGAGUCAGUGGCUCUUUCACUCUGCUUGUUGGUGCUUUAACAACAGCUGGUUGAGGAGAAAGGGAACAACAAGCAGUAGUUCUUCUGGCACCGAAGUGAUGAGAUUGGAUUGUGUUUCAUCUUUCCACUGCCAGGGACCUCCAGGCUUAUGCUGGGGUCCCCUUUGGUCUCCAGCACAGCCCCCACUGUCAGGGAGCUGAGGCCUUGUUUCUAUACCAGCGGUAAGCCCAGAGCCAAGGGAUUUCCCCGCUCAUGGUCAAAAUAGAACCAGCCAGAUUCUUCCCACUGGUGUCCCAUGACUCAAAGCAAGCAGCCAACCACCCACUCCCUCCAGGAUGCUGCCUGGGGUAGGAGGUGGAAGCGCCUCUCAGCCCAAUGGCUAGUUUCCAUUGAGGGGAUUGGAGAUCUAUUGCAGCGACAAAUCCAAAGCAAAGAGAGUCAACAUUCACACAGUACUAGGCAGGACCCUGUGUAAAUUCUGCCCAUGAGAGCUGAGAACUGACCCAUAUCUCAAUCAGAAAUGAGCACAGAAAUUAAUCAAUGGAAAUGGUAACUUGAGAAAACUGUGAUUUGAAUCAUACACACUGUUUCAGUUUAAUGUUGAUAGCAGAUACCAUUUUAAUCUUUAGUGCCCCUUAAAUGUGUUCUCGUAUGUUCUUUCUUGCUCGCUCGCUCGCUCUCUUUCUCUAAGGCAGCUUCAGGGAAGAAUGAGCUGGAGUUGGUUUGUUGGUUUGGGGAUGUUUCAGUCUGCAGAGUACUUGCGUCAGGGUCCAUUCGUGGACGUUCCUGUAGAUCCAUGUCUUGGUUUUACAGGGCAUGUCAGUGUCCAGGUUUUGGGGAGAUGUGGCUCCUGCCAGUGUUGUUUCCCUAGGGCCAGAUUCCUUCAGUGGAGCCAGACUAAGUACUGAACUGUUUCACGUGGGGGGCAUCACAUGCUCUCCACCCUGCCCCCCAAAAGCCCAUGUCUCGGUUGAAAGGGAGCUGCCAAGGAACCAGGUCCCCAUGGGUGGAGGUUCAAGUGCUUUGCAAGGAGGAGCUUUUGUUGAAGGACUUCAGCUCAGUCAUGCAUGAACCUCAAGAGGGGAGGCAGGGACUGGGCAUUUGCUGACUCCUGGUUGACUCCUACUAGGAACAGAUCUGCUUAAGAGCAGAAGAGAUCACUCAAUGGCUUCCUCUGGUGAGCCUCCCCUCCCCUGUCUCUAGGCAGCCCAGUUGCCCUAGGUCAGUUCCAGUAUUUCCAGUUUGUCUGUGUUAGACCUACAUUGAGCUUCAGUGACUCAGUGGUCAUGACUUUAGCAAAUGGGCCUGUAGGAGGCAGCAGAAGGCGGAGAGCCUCUCUGAGUGAACUCAGGCCCAGGGAAGCAGCCCUGAGAGGGACUGCCCUACGGCAUAGGCCUCCUGGCAUUGAGGGAAUAAGUCUCCAGGGUGUGGGGUACAGGAGGAGAGAACAUUGAGUGCCCUUGCUGCCCAUGAGCUCCUUUUGACAUGUCACCUUUGUUUUCUGCCUUCUUUGAGAGCUAGGCCAAGCUUUUCUUAGUGCCUCUCACCCUAGGGCUGCCCUGUAAAGAGGCACCUCUUGAGUGACUGGAUUGGCCCUGCCCACCAUCAAGCUGCUGUGCGUAGGAGUGGCUGGUGGCCUCAGUGCCCCUUGGCCUCUUUACAAAAGGAGACGUUGGAAAGAGGUCGUGGGAGGAGCCCCUGGGGGCCUGGCCUGUCUCCUACUAGGACGUGGAGUUGCUGCAGGCAGAGGAUCCCUACCUCAGAUGGGGACCAGCUCUGGAAUGCCACUGUGGUGUGACUGUGUAGGCCCUCUCUUCCCCCGUCUCUGUGGCAUGGCCCAGGUGGCCAGGCAGCUCGAGCUUUCCCCACAUUGGCAUGCCUCCAAAAGCUUGCCUUUGCCCUGGCUAUAGCUCAGCGCCCCAUUCUGGUGGGCACUUUCCGGUGCUCCAAAGGAGAGAAAAAAGUGAAAGCCACAUGCCUGGCAUGGCCAGGCCAGAGACAGAUACAGCUGUCAGGGGUAGGGGGGAGUGAAGAGGAAACGCAGGGCUUCUGGGGACCAGGUUGGCUCAGAAACAUGUAGGUCGAACGAGCAGAUAGUAGGCCCGGUCCACAGGCUCCACAGGGAGUCAUGGCUGUAUUUGGGGUGUUGGGGAGCAGCAGGCAUCUGAACUGGUCUUUGUCUCACUCUUACCUUGGGCCAAGUCCAUGUGGAGAGAGGUAACCCAGCCAGAGCCCCGGCAGCCUGGCUUAGAGGGUAGCCCUCACACCUGCCCAACAGCUAGCCUGCUUCUGCCCCAGCUUUGGCGCGAGGGUGAGGGAGAAACCGCAGCAUGCACACACAAUGACCAGUGAGCCCUGGCUUCCCGACUCCUCCCCAAGGCUUUCCUGCCAGUGCCAAGGCGGUUCCCCAGCCGCCCCAGCCAAGUUUCCAUAUGCCAUUUGCCAGUGUGUGGGAGCUCUGUGCAUGUGUGAGAGUGUGUUUGUAGAAGAGGACAGUUUCCUUUCAAACAGCUCUUGGAAGGAAAAGAGUGUUCCCUCAACCUCUAGGUAGCCUUGGUGGAGGAUCUAGGCUGAGGAGAACAGUCUGUCAAGCUGGACAACUCGUGGCAUCCACUCUGAAUAGCAGAGAGAUGAUCACACCUGCCCGCAGUCCUCCCCUCCCUGAGUAUUAGGUUUUGUACACCAAAGGUGAUCUGGCCCAUCUUCCUCCUGGAGGCACAGUGACGUGUCCCUCUGUCAGUUGCGAGGGUGUGCGGGGUUCCGAAGCCACAGACUCAUUCUCCCCAAGUCGGCAACCUCUCUUUCUCCUUGGACUUUUUAGCAUUCACAGAAGCUGCUCACAGGGUCGUCGGGCUAACCGGGGCGAUCGGCGCACUUUACCAUACAGUACCUCGGUCUCGCUGUCAUAUCAUCCCUUUUGCUGUAGCCUCUGUCAGGGUUUUGAUAUUUGUGAUCAUUGGUAGUUCAGUGUCUUGCAGGCAGCUCCCCACAGAUAGCAUAUUGUCAGCAGGUCUCGGGGCAACGGUGUUAGGUAGGGUGGGGCCGUGCCCUGGGGGUGAGCUGGUGGCCCAGAGGGUGGCAGAAGGGGCCUUUCUCCCCCUCCCUCUGCCAAAAAGACUUCCCUGGGAUUGUAGAUGUUGACCCAGAAUCAUCUGUCCCCUUCAGUAGAGGAUUUUCUUACUGGUUUCUACUGAAGGGGUGCUCGGGGAGGAGGAAUAAAGGACCAUGUGUGCUGCUGUCGGACAAGACACCGAUGCUGGCUGGGAUCAGUCAGGAGCAGGCAUACGGGAGGGUUUCCAGAAGGCUGUCACGGGCUUCAUGGCAAGAACCUGGGCUGGGAAAGGGCCACCCCUGCUGCCCACCCUGCCCUCUCUGGGGUGGGUAGAGUCAGUGAGAGGGAGGGAGCCUUCCCCUGUGUAUAUAGAGUGAGGCAGUUCGUGCUCAGGAAAACCUAGUCGCUUUUUGUUGCUAUCGUCUGUGACGUUUUUGUACACUGGUUUGCUGCUCAUGGCACGAAACAGAAAAAAAACCCCAUGAAGAACCAACAAAACAAAAGAAGUCCUUUCAAACAAAGCUGUUGUUUUGGAAACUCUUGCUUUCCUUUGGUGUCAAUUUUGUGUUCUCUUUGAAAGAAUUCUUCAAUUAUAUUGGUGUCAUUGUGGUCAUGAUAGGCUGGCCUGUGUGAUUAUUUCUGCCAGGAACUUGGCAAAUGCCUCCGCCCCUCCCUCUUUCCCUGCCCCCCAUCUUGUCCUUCCUCGUUUCCAAGCUGGGAUUGCUAUGCAUUGGGCAGACCCCUCUCUGUCCCCCCACACACAGUGGCUCCCUUCAAAACCAGUCUUUGUAACCCCUCAAACAGCAGCAGAGUGAGUGUUUUUUCCAGACUGGUUCUCGGGUGCUCUGUGCCCCCACUGGUUUGCUCACCUCUUGGGGCGUUUUGUAAUUGUGUUUUCUCUGUUUUGUAAAACCUUUUGAUUGUACUGAAAUGGUUUCUGCAGUCACCUUUGGAAAUAAAUGGUCAUUAAUUUGUGUAUUUAGCGUUCUGAAUUUUAGUCUCAGGUGUUUCUGUUGUUGAAGAUCCCAGAAUGAAAAGGAACCCUCACCAUGAGACUUACUGCUACAAUGUUUUCUUCAUUUACUGUUAUUAAAAGAUUUAUGAGAA